AUGGAUGUCUUGAAAGGCCGAUACGGUGAUUUAACAUCCACUUUAUUGAUCAAUAGUAAGGUUAGUAAUCCUCCUUCUUUUCUCCGAAAUCUUUUUUCAUCUUCUUCUACUUCUUCUUCUUCUAUUUGGUGGAGGGAUUUGGUCAAAAUUAAUUCUUUGUGUCAUUCGGAUCCGAUGGUUGACAAGGUUAAGUUUAAUGUGCAUAACGGGUUCCACACUCCGUUUUGGGAAACCGCUUGGCUAGAAGGGAUAUCUUUGAAAGAAGAGUUUCCGGAUUUAUACUUAAAUUCCACUUUGAAGGGUGUAUCGGUGGCGAUUAUGGGGGGGUGGUUGCAAGAUUCGUGGUGUUGGGGUGAUUUUGGUUUAAGGUUGGAAGGCAAUGUUGUAGAAGCGGAGUUGAUUAGGUUGAAGGAUCGGGUGGAAACAUUUAACGGGUGGAGACAUGGGUGUGAUUCCGUUUCUUGGACCGAAGGCUCGUCUUUGGACUUUUCGGUUUCAUCUUGCUAUAAUUUUUACUUGAAGUUUCAAAUCCCGUUCGGUCCUCCAAAUGUUAAUGAUGGUGCUUUUGGUAUUUUGUGGAAAGCGGAAGUUCCGUUCAAAAUCAAGGCUUUUUGUUGGAGACUAUUCCUCGAUAGGCUUCCAAUGAUUGAUGGUUUGGGUAGUAGAGGUAUACAUUUUCCCGUGGAUGAUACUUUUUGUGUGUUGUGCGGUAAAGUCCCGGAAAAUAGAGAUCACUUCUUUUUUGGUUGUUUGGUGGGUACAAAGAUAUGGAAUGAGAUAGCUUAUUGGAUUGGUAAAGAGGGAAUUUUGGAAAAUAAGUGUUUACCGCAUUUUAUGGAGUGGCACUUGUUUUUUCGUUCUUGUAGGAUUAGAGAUAGUAAAUUGGAUGUCGUGUGGCUUGCCACCGUUUGGUCUUUUUGGUUAAUUAGGAAUGGUGUCCGCUUUAGGAAGGAAGCUUGGAGCGUAAACAAUACCGUUUGGAACAUUAAGUUCUUGGUGUGGAAAUGGUCUUUUUGUGGAGAGAUUACUCAUCCCAACUAUUCUUUUUACGAUUUUAGUAAGGAUCCGCUCCUUUUUCUUUCGUAG